UAUUCACAAUGAUAAGUUAAAGUUAAAAUUUGUAUUUGUAAGUACUUUUUUUUUCAGACUGGAGGAGGCAAGGACUACUUUCCACCUGAUGAAGUUCUGGACAAAGUAGCUUCACUGUUAGGUAGUACAUGCCAAGGUUUUUCUGUGGAGUUUGGUGGAGAUGCUACCAUUCAAACAGACUCUAACUUGGUGAUGGGUGAAGUUGAGAAUGUGGAGGUUAUCAACCUUAUUGUUAACAGUGAUGGACAAGGUGCCGGUGGUGAUGGUAUUUGUGUUGGAGGUCUUGAUGAGAGGGAGGUGUUGAAAGAAACACAAAUUCUUGAGACACCUCCUCCUCCCCUUAAACAGAAAAACUUUUUCUAUAAUAGAGCUAGCGGCAGCGGCACACUAGCCAAGCGGAAACAGAAGAUGGAAGAGGAAAAAUAUAAGGCCCGCAUAUAUAGGGAAAAUGCAUUAGCAGAGUACCUAAUAGUUAAAAAAAGAAAAAUAGAAUUAGAAAAUGAGGAAAAGGAGAUUAAUAUAGAUAAACUUAAGAUAGAAUUAGAAAAUGCUAGAUUAGAAAAUGCUAGAUUAAGAAAAGAUUUAAAUUAAUUAAUUGGUUAGUUAAUUAAUUUUGUAAUUAUAUUUUAAUUGAGUUAUUACCUAGUUUGUUAAGUGUGUGAUAUUGUGAUGUGAAAUUUGUGAUAGAAAAUAAAAAUGUACACAAAA